AUGUCAGUGUUGGCCGUUCAGAUCACACUCCAGCCAGCUCAUGGCUACAUUCCGCUCGUGCUCAUCGGCACCGGUCUCGUUCGCGCUUGGGCUGGCUUUGGUAUUGGCGGAUACCAAAAGACACGCAAAGUCUUGGCUGCACAAGCAGUCAAUGAGAAGAAGGACCCGCGCGUCCAAGAUUGCAACAUCAUGCAAAACGUUGCCGAGAACUUGCCGCUGUUCUAUGCUUUGCUCGCCACGUCUUCGAUCUACCGACCCGAAGCUGCAGCUGCUGCCGGCGUGCUGCGCAUGGUGGGCUACAUUUGGAGCGGUACAACGUACUCGACGGGUGGUUCGGGAAAGAAAGCACAAGUCGUAUCCGGCUUUUUCGGCACACUUGUGCUGGUGGGACUGUCUCUGGAAGCCUCGUUGCGCAUCUUGGGUCAUAUUUAG